AUGCGGCAAGACGCCGUCGCCGCCGCGCCCACGGCGGCCGGCGCCUCGCCGCGGAUCCCCCUCCCGAUGGAUGCUGUGGUCAUCGAUAUCGAGGGGGCGCCUUUGCAGGCGGAGGCCCCCGGGCUGGGGUGCCGGAUCUGCCACCUCGGUCCCGAGGACGGCGAGCCGGCGGUGCCAGGUUCCGAGGUGAUACGUCUAGGCUGCGGCUGCAAGGACGAGCUCGGCGCCGCGCACCGGCAAUGCGCCGAGGCGUGGUUUAGGAUCAAGGGCGAUAGGUAUCCCUCGCUCCAUCCUCCGCUGGAUCAUCUGGAUCCUGUUGCUCGCUUUCUUUGA